AUGCUGCUCAUAUGGGUAGCUGCCCUCUGUACACUUCCACGAGGUGCUUAUUCCAACUACAGUAUCGACUCUCGCCGUCCUCCACCUAGUACCGUACACCAUGUGAAAUUUUCUCUCCCAUCAAAUGGUACCGGUACAAAAUCUUUCCGUACUUUGGAUAGACUGCUGAAAUUCGGCAAUUAUACGCUCAUCCGCACCUCCACUGCAACUGUCAACAAGCCUUCCGAUGGAGGGGUCGUGUUCCGACGUUAUUAUACCGACCCCAUUUCCGCGAAGACGAAAAGAGCUGCUACAGCUCGCAAGGAGCGUAUCUGGCCUGAUGGCGUGAUCCCGUAUGUAAUAGCUUCGAACUUCUCAGGUGAGCAUAAGAACUUGUUCCAGAGGGCAAUGCGGCAUUGGGAAAAUUAUACCUGUGUGUCAUUUGUACCUAAAUUGGAACAUCAUAAGCACUAUAUAAUGUUCACGAUCGACAAGUGUGGGUGCUGCUCUUACGUCGGACGUCGUGGUGACGGUCCUCAAGCUAUAUCAAUAGGAAAAAAUUGUGACAAAUUUGGAAUUGUCGUUCAUGAGCUUGGCCAUGUUGUUGGAUUUUGGCAUGAACAUACUAGACCAGAUCGUGAUCAAUACGUCGAUAUCUUCUACAAGAGUAUUCAACCAGGUAAAUUCAAUUCAAAUACCGUACUUCAAAGUCAGCCGUGGUGUUUG